AUGACGAUUAACCCAUCUGUAUAUUCAGUUGGUGCUCAAUAUGGAUAUCCAUAUUGCAAUAUACCUAAUUCACCAUACACCAAUGGAUAUCCACAUCCAAACCUGGGUUACCAAUCCAGUGGACCAGGUGCACCCACCUUCAACAGCCAAAUGACACCGCCAUCACAGGAUGGACGUGUACCAGAUUCUGGUUACAACAACAUCAGCUCUCCCUCCCCAAAGAAAAGACCUCUAAGCAUGUCAAACAUGAUGGUUAUCUCCACACCAGCAGCCACCCCCUCUACACCCUCAAUUCUCUCUUAUGGAUCACCAUUCUUUGGUCAUCUGGCCAACAUGGAGGUAGUGGUUCCACAACAACAAACAUCACCGACCAUCUACCAAGACACUACAUUUUCUCCUUCGCUCACUGGUGGCAUUGAAUCACCUCCAUCCCUUGAGAUGAUGGAAGACGAUGAGGACCACCUCCGUGAUUUCAUUUCCCCAGUUCUAUAUGGCAUGAUGGAUGGACAUUCUCGCGAUCAGUUGUUUAACACUCUCUCCGAGUACUUGAAUGAGGAGAUAUCAUUCAGGAACCUUCUAUUGGACCUUCGAAUCAUUCCAGUAUUUGACAACAACUACAAAUCCAUCUUUCAGUAUCUGAUUGACCUUUUCCUCUCCAUCGAACCAACCCAAAAGAUGGCAAACUUCCUAAAGGACAAUGGAGUUGAGGAUGGUGAGAUCAAUAUUGAUCUGAAAGCAUUGGAGAUCAAUGAUACCGAUGAGAAUACUGGUCAUAAAAAGAAAAGGGAAAGGAUAAGAAAGAGUGUUAGUAGAGGAUUAAGGAAUCCACCAAACAAAUGGACCAAGGAAGAGUCGCAGAGACUUAUCCAAUUGGUUCACGAGCAUGGAGAUAAACAAUGGAAAAAGAUUGCUCAUCAGAUUGGUGGUGGCAAGACUGGUGCUCAAUGUGCUCAACACUGGAAGCGUGUCUUAUGUCCUGCCAUUAGAAAAGGAUCAUGGGACGAAGGAGAGGAGCUUAAACUCUUCAGUCUGGUGGAGAAACAUGGUCAAUGCUGGAAGAACGUUGCAUCUGAAAUCAAGACUCGUACUGACAUCCAGUGUCGCUACCAAUACUUCAAGUCCUGUAUGUCGAGAGAGGUGAAGUGGUCCCAACGUGAGGAUGAGAUUCUUCAAAAGAAGGUGUCCGACAAUAAGGUGGACGGACGAGAUAUCAACUGGAUGGAGGUGUCCAAGGCUAUGGCUCGUGGACGCCAGACAAAGAUCCCUCGAACCGCCCUAGAGUGUAAGGUUAGAUGGGAGGAGAUCAAUCUUGGUGGCCCUCCAAUUCAAGUGAUUCCACACGACGAGUUGCACCAACAGUUGGCUCAAUCUCCAUCGCUCAACUCUUUGCUUAGAGAGUCCAACCAAGACAUGUCAUUGUAG